AAUCUGGAGGUGUAUGAUAACUUUAAUGAAACACUUUUUAAAUUUCUGCCUAGAUGGCUGUCAUUAAAUACAUCAUACCAGCUCUUUGCACUGUAAAUCAUGGCACAAAAAUCUUUAAUUUAUAGUUUCUUGAGUCUACACAGCUCUUAAUAACAAUGAACAUAACAAGUUGCUCUGGUAACUAACUGAUAAAUUCCUAACUAAUUAGUCAGUUGAAUUAUACAAGAGUUAAAGCAAUAAAUUGCUUCAAUAAUACACACUUUAACUCCAAUAGUGUCCAUUCGUGCGCUAUAUUAACCACAGACUAUAUAUUACACAGCCUAUGAUAUUAACCGAACUUGACUUGAAUGCACUUGUCAGCUUGUGACACUCAAAGCGCGGAGUCUGUGAGCGGUCCGUGAAGGCAGCACCACACUAGUCCGUCCUGACAGAGCGGCACUCUUGAGAGUUGCAACUAACCGCUGCAGGAUGGUGUGAACUUCACAGGAGAUCUGAAACCAAACAUUUCUGUCAUUUAAACUGCAAACCUCUCUCGUCUUGUGCGGCUUCACUUCUGGGACCUGGCGUUUGAACGCAUCAUCUUAUUCUAAUUCUUUUUGCAACUGAGUGACUUUUCUUCACUACUUAUUAUUAUUAUUUGUUUUUAUGUGAGUGUCUAUGGUUGGACCCUGACAUGGCUGAGGUACCGCCACCGCAGGCACAGCCGGUCGAAAUAGACCCGGACUUCGAGCCUCUCUCCCGGCCGCGCUCCUGCACCUGGCCGCUGCCCCGACCGGAGCUCAUCGACCCGGCCAGCUCCAACACCUCCUCCCCGGCGCCGUCAGUGCAGCAGGAGCCCGGAGGAGGAAACAUUAUCAGCAACCUCGGCUUGUUGGAGGAAGACUAUGAAGAGUACGCAGAGCAGAAAGCACCCUGCAGCGUGUUUCAGUGUCGGGAUGGAAACUGCGUGCAUCUGCAUCACCAGCAGCACCACCACCACCUCCAGCAGCAGCAGCAGCAGCAGCUGCACGGUCCGCAGCCUCAGCAACAGGUGCCUCCUCCCGGGGUGCCACCUCUGGGUGGCUCCGGCCAGAGGAAGAGCAGCUCGUCCCGCCGUAACGCCUGGGGGAACAUGUCGUACGCUGACCUGAUUACCAAGGCGAUAGACAGCUCGCCUGAAAAGAGGCUGACACUGUCUCAGAUUUACGACUGGAUGGUGAAGAGUGUGCCUUACUUCAAGGACAAGGGAGACAGCAACAGCUCCGCGGGCUGGAAGAACUCCAUCAGGCACAACUUGUCCCUGCACAGCCGCUUUGUUCGCAUACAGAACGAGGGAACAGGAAAAAGCUCCUGGUGGAUGCUGAACCCAGAAGGAGGAAAGAAUGGAAAGUCGCCUCGACGCAGAGCUGCCUCCAUGGACAACAACAAUAAGUUCGUCAAGAGCAAAGGAAGGGCCACAAAGAAAAAGAUGGCUCUACAGGAAGGGGUUGAGGGAGGAGCAGGCAGCCCUGGAUCCCAGUACGCUAACUGGCUGGGGAGUCCAAACUCCCACAGUAACGAGGACUUUGAAGCCUGGAGCUCCUUUAGGACCCGGACCAGCUCUGACGCCAGUACUCUGAGCGGUCGUCGUUCACCUUUCCCCUCUGAGCAGGAUGACCUGGGUGAGCCUGAUGGCCACAUGAUGUAUCCUGGAGCAGCGAGUACCAAGAUAACCUCCACCCUGCCCAGCCUGUCAGAGGUGGCUGGAUCCGUGGGCCAGCAUGGCUCAGAAAUCGUCAUGGAGAGUCUGCUGGAUAACCUGAACCUGCUGUCUCCUAAGACCCCUCAGCUCGGCUCUGAGUCCACGCAUUCCUCAAAUGCUGCCAUGCUUCAGAGUAGCCCCUACAGCUCCACUGGCCUGACCCCACGGCCACAGCAGGACUACCACAAGUGCAUGUACGGCCCGGUGAGGAUGAACUCGCUGUCCCCUGUUCCCAUGCAGACACUUCCAGAGAACAAGCCGGGCUUUGUGGCUUAUGAGAACCAGUAUAUCUCCCCAGCUGGCCUCCUCAAAGAGCUGCUGACCACAGAGGCAGACACCAGUAGGGACAUGAUGCCCUCCAGGGAUACACUGGUGUCAGAGGUUGGACGGGGAAGUUGCCUAAUGCCUGCUUACAGCAGCCAGAGCCAUGUGAGGGGUCAUAAUGGGGUAAAAAUGAUGAAUCCACCUCAGAGUCACCCAGUUCCUCAUGUAAACCCACAAGCUAUACAUAGUCAGGGUCCUGCUGCCUCACGAGACUUGAAUAGCUGCAACAUGAUACCCCUGACGAGUCUGACUAGUCUUUCAGGGGCCCCUCCUCGGAUGACUAACCUGAGGACGUGCAUGCAGGUGCCCCGAGGACAUCCACCACACAGUCUCGACGUCUCAGCGAGCUACAGCAGUAGCAGCAGCGGCAGCAGCAGCAGUUACAGGGAACUGAACUCAGUUCACCCACACGGUCAUCAUCAGGAGCGGCUGCCCAGUGACCUGGACAGCGUGUCCAUCGAGAGGUUCGAGUGUGACCUGGAGUCCGUCCUCCAUGACACCCUCAUGGACGGCGGGGCGCUGGACUUUAAUUUUGACCCCGCAGCCGGCCCUCAUGGGUUUUCUCAGAGGGUGAAGACGACCACACACAGCUGGGUGUCAGGCUAGGACACCUGGUGCAUCUCAAGCUGGUGAAACUGACAAUUAGUCCGGCAGUUUUUCCCAACAUCACUCCACUGCUCACCUUCAGUCAGAGACUGACAAUAUAAAUCCAAAGACGACACCAACACCAUCGCUCUCCACAGACCAUGUGACACAAAGUUAUUUUCAAAAAUGUACAACUUGAGUUGCACAGUCAUGUUAAUACUUUACUUUAGGAGUAAAAGGAAGAAGUUUAUCAUUCAGAUCCUGAUGCUGAAAUAGGACAGAACAUACCAGCACAGAGACAAACCUGCAUUAGCCUUGUUUACAACUGUCUGCUAAAAACUGGAAAUAUGCAUUUUAUUUUUAAUUGCUGAGUCAUGGCAGAUAAAAAUAUAUAUUAUAGUAGAUUGCACAAAGCAGACCACACUGUCUGGGUGACAACAAAGAGACCUUAAAUAACCUCUCUAAAUGUAUGAUUUGUGGUCAGUCUGACAUUUGGCCAACGCUGUACCUUUCAUUUUAGAACUGUAUUUUGCAGCAGUCAGUUGUCCCUCCUGUGGAACUUUGAGCUUGCCACAUUCAGGUGAAAGAAGCCAGUAUACUGUCAGGGUAGGGAUCAGAGAGUACACAAUACGAUAAUAUCAUAAUAAUAACGGUAUCACAAUACAGUGAUUUUGUUUAGUACAUUGCAAGAAAGUCUUCAGCAACACAUCAGGAUAUCUGUGUAACUGAAGAUGAGAAAACACCCCUAAAAAGGCAAAAAGCAGGAAUUACAAAUGUAUUCACUGCAUUGUAGUGUCAGUUCAGUUAUUUGCUCUCUGACUUGUUUCUCCCCACUUUCUGGCAUUUGAAGUUUUCACUUUAUUGAACAUUAGCUAACUUCAGCUCACUUCACCGUCAUUCUUUUUGGAAGCACCACCAUGAGCAGCCAUGAAAUAGUUAGUUAUGGAAAUCUGUUUAGGGUUAACUCAUCAAGCAGUGGGAUUUGGUCCAGUGUUUAAAUUGUAAACAGAAUUUGAAAAUGGCUUUUAAAUCUUAAGAGGUCUUGAUAGUGUGUUUCAGCAAACUAAAUGUCUGUCAGAGGUGAUGUUCUAUGUGAUCAGUGAGAAAUUUCAUCUUACAAAGCUUAGGUUUACAUUUAGAAGGCCUUUUGAUCACACACUUUAGUGAAAUAAUCAGGCUGAAACUGAAACCAUAUAAAGUGGUCUAUCAUCUGCAUAGAGAGGCAUAUUACCUUUACUGAAAUAGUAAACUUAAUACCCAAGAAGACAUGGAGUGUGACAACAAGCUAUGUGCAUGAAUUUACAACAACAGAUCGCAAAUUAUGAAUGAAAUAACAGUAAAUUCUGAAAAUAUUCUCAUUCGCAUACACACAGUUCAGAUGUUUAUAGUCAGACGUGGCGGUACAGUGCCAGAAAAUGCAGCUCUCCAGUGGAAUAUCAGCCAUAUCUCCUCCUUUGAACCUCCAUCAGACGUCCUUAGAGGCCCCGAAAUGAUUUCAAUCUCUGACUAAAAUGAACUCAUCAAUCAUAUACUGUAUGAAGGUAUUUAUUUAUGUUUUUACUUUGUUGUUGCUGGAUGAUUCAUGCUUUGUACUUUGUAAGCUUCUAAAAGUAUAUGCACUUGCUGUGUACAAUGUAUGCACUGUUCUGAAGUUACUGUUUGUUUUUUCUUUUACAUAAAACUAAUUUCUAAGAAGGACAUUACAGAUACAGUAGAGAUGUUGCCUUCCAAGAACAGUUUACUGAAAGGGUUAGGGUUAGGGUUUUAUAUUGAUCUCAAUCAUUGAAAAUCCCCUUUGUGAAUAUUCUUAGUUACGUUUAGGGUUGUUUAGGAAAUGUGGGUGUUUGGGAACACCUGUGAAGAAUAAUGUUACUCAAGUUAUUUGCCCUUUUUGAACUUUUUAGAGUAGUUGUGAAAAUAUUUUAGCUCAAGUCAAGGAUGACAUGAACCUCUGUAAAUUCUAGAACGGAAAUCUUUCCAAAAUCAUAUCGGAUAAACUAGUAUGUGAAAUACAUCAUGGCUUUCAGGGGACUGGUAUUUUUCAUUUUUGAUGGUCAGAAAUACAUGUAUGCUAUUUAUAAAACAGUUGAUUUAGCUUUUAUUUAUCGUUAUUCCUAUUAAUAUGAAUCAUAGAAAAAACAGAUGAAAAGCAGCCGAUGCUGUCUGUUUUAGGCACCAUGAAGGGUAAGGUUUGCUCUUCCGUUUUGUUGUAUGAGGGUUGUAAGAAUCCUAUACUGAUAAUUUUACGAAUGACCCGUGAUGAUAACGAUAAAGGAAAGUAGAAAUGCAUGGUAGAAAUAGUCAAUAGUUUAGAACCCCUCCCCCCAAAAAUUCUCAAAUCAUGUUUUUAGAGGAGCUCGUGUCCUAUUCAGAAAAAAAUACGCCAUCAGUUUGAAAUCAAAACUGUUUUCAUCACUUUCCGAUAAAGGGAUGUUUUGGAGAAACGGGGGAUUUUCACCUGACUUAUGCCAUGAGAGCAGAUGCGAAUGGAAACGCUGAUGGUGAGAGCCUGAGCUGACUGGAAAUAGAUGAUGGUCUGUUAAGUGUAACCAACAUAGCAAAGGGUUUGCUUGCGAUUUACCUCUAAGCAGCUACGGUUGUUACGCACCAAAGACGUAUUCACUCUACCAAACACAUUCAGAGACGGUGUGCUAAUUCACUGUGCCUACACAUCUCAGAUUUAUAAUGUUGUACAUAUUAUUUUCUGCCGUAAUACAUUUUUGUAUGUGAGUUCUGAAGGCCUUGUUACUCGUCGUCGUGCUGAAACAUUAUACUGUAUGUAUGACUGUGUUAGACAUGGAUGUUUACAUAUCUCAGUCCAAACUAUAUCAAUAAAUAUAUGAACACUCAUACCUCAAAAUAUUUUACCUCUGAAGUGUUGAAGGGAUCUUUCCUGCCAUUUUCCUCAGUGAGUAAUGUAUUGAUUUUGUCUUUAAUUCUGACAUAUGAUUUGUACAUAUUAUUUUUUGUCUUUUUCAUAUUUGGUUAAUGUUGAAACCAGUGAUAUUUGGACCUAUUCAGAGCGACGCUCCAUCUGUAUUUACCUUUCUAAUGUUUUCUUGUGCUUGAGGAUUAUAGCCAUUAGAAUAUAGUAAAUGUUACAUGACAGCAGAGUAAAUGAUUUUAAGUCAAUCGUGAAUUUGUGUGAAAUUGUAUAUUUUGAAAGACUUUUUUUUUAAAAAAAAGAAAGAAAUGUCUCCUCAUUUGUCAUCUGACUAAACUCAUUGAAAGGCAUUCUGUAAAAAGAAUUGAAUUAUGUUGUGGUAUAAAAGCACUACUUCUCUAGUUACUGAACUGUAAUGAAGACAAAUAUGUGACGGGACCAUUUUGACGUAUAGUUAUCUUGCACAAAUAGGAUUUAGUUGAGAAGUGCUUGAGCCUGUUGCAUUUCAUUAGGAAAAAGAAAGUAUAUGGCAUUUUUAUACGUAGCCUCUAACAUUACACAAAUGAUGAGACACAAUCAUGUGCAAACUUUUUCAGGAAAUACAGACUUAUGUUGUCUUUGAUACCCACGUCCAGGCGUUUUUGAACGAAUGCAGUUUUUCUAUAUAUCCUGUUGAAUGCAUAAAUCGUCAUUUGCAAUUAAAGGACAUAAACAAAA